UCAGGCAAGAUGGCUGCUCCCAACCAAAUCGCCGGGGAGUUUGAAAACUGGCUGAACGAUCGGCUAGACUCGUUGGAAGUAGACCGAGAAGUUUACGGAGCUUACAUUCUCGGAGUGCUUCAGGAAGAGGAGAACGAUGAAGAGAAAAGGGAUGCUUUAGAAGGCAUUCUCUCCGCUUUUCUGGAAGAAGACACGCUAAUGGAGGUUUGUCAGCAGAUCUUAAAACAGUGGACUGAUUGCUACAGCAGAUCUAAAUUGAAGGGGAAUCAGGCAGAUGAUGAGGUUCAGGCCAUUGCCAGUAUGAUAGAGAAGCAGGCCCAGAUUGUGGUCAAACAGAAGGAGGUGUCAGAGGAGGCCAGGAAAAGGAAAGAGACUCUGCUUGCCCAGUAUGCUAAUGUCACGGAUGAGGAGGAUGAAGAUGACGAGGAAGAGCAAACUGCUGUGGGAAUACCCAGUGACAAAUCCCUUUUCAAAAACACUAACAUCGAGGAAGUUCUGAACCGCCGCAAGCAUCAGCGUGACCAGGCCAAAGAGGACUCACAGAAGAAGAAGGAACAAGACAAGAUGCAACGCGAGAAAGACAAACUCGCCAAACAGGAGCGCAAGGACAAAGAGAAGAAACGCACACAGAAGGGAGAACGCAAGAGAUAGAGAUAAAAUGCAACUAAGAAAACUCUUGUGGACUAUACAAUAAGGUUCUUUACAAUAAGAGAAAAUACAAUGCAACCUCAUCUGACAAUGUAUGCACCCAUAUCUUGGUCCAAUAUCAUUUAUUGGCUUGUACCAAACCAGCAACUGGGUAAAAAAUUGUAUCACAAUAACCCAUUCAUGUAUUACUGGUGCCGACUGCUGUGUUACAUGUUUUAUCAUUUACCAGCAGCUUUUGCCUUGACAGAAUUUCAUAUAUCCUGUGAACCUGUUUAUUUUUAUAUUUUCUACAGGCUACUUCUUAGUAGCACUCCAGUGUUUUUUAAGACACGGUAACGUCGAGACACACAGGAAAAAUAUUUAUUUUGAUCAAAAGCAUUUUCAAAGCAGCAUGAAACUAUUUGAAGCCUUCUCGUCAUGUAGCAAAAUAUGGAGAGGGCUCAGAGACAACCCAAAGAUGGAGACAGACAAUUCAGUAGGGGAAUAUAACAACACGUUUAUGUACAAUUAAAGGGAUAGAGCACCCAAAAAUGAAACUUCUCUCAUCAAUUACUCACCCUCAUGCCAUCCCAGAUGUGUAUGACUUACUUUCUUUUGCAGAACACACAAAGAUUUUUAGAAGGCUAUUUCAGCUCUUUAGGUCCAUUCAAUGCAAUAUGCGAGAAGUUUUAGGUGAACUAUCCAUUUAAACAUCCCACAGCAACAGCUCAUGUGGAUGUUUGUCUCCGUUGUGUGGUUUAUUUUUAUGCUUUGCUGAACAGUGAACUUCUGUGAUGUCCUUUCAGGCAAGUGAGAAGGGUAAUAAUGAGUGUGUGUGUGUGUAUAUAUAUAUAUAUAUAUAUAUAUAUAUAUAUAUACACAUAUAUAUACACACACACACACACACAGUUACCACGCUUGGCACAAACAUAUGUCACUUAGCAGUGGUCAAAAAGGAUUUCCAAAACAGCUUUUUUAUUAUAAACUCAGAUAUGUGGAUUCAGAUGGUAAUUAAAUUACCACACGACCUUGGUGUUUGUCAAAAAACAGUAGGUAAUGUGACCGGGAAUUUUCUUGCGGUAGGUGGGAGGAAAAACACAUUUCGGACGGCAAUAAAAUCACUGAAUACCCCCUGUAAAUGCUGGAAUUACCACACGUCCCCAUGUAAAAUAAUUGCUGUCCAAAUAGGGCUAAGGUCUAACUCGGAUAACCACUCUGUACAAUUGUGGUGAGAAGAAUAGCAUUUCAGAAUGCUAUUCUGAGAUACGAGUUGCCGCUGUUUUGGUGGCAUGAGGGGGACAGUUGAAGUCAGAAGUUUACAUAUACCUUUGCCAAAUAUAUUUAAACUCUGUUUUUCACAAUUCCUUGUUUAAUUGUAGAAAACAUUCCCUGUCUUAAGUCAGUUAGGAUUAGUAUUCGAGAAUGAUUUCAGCUUUUAUUUCUUUCAUCACAAUUCCAGUGGCUGCAUAAAGGCACAGUUAAAUUAAUGUAUGUAAACAUUCAUUUACUAUCAUUUGUGAUAGUCAAUUAAAAGUGAAACAAUCUGUAUGUAAACAAUUGUUUGAAAAAUUACCCAUGUCAUGUAUGAAGUAGGUGUCCUAAACAACUUGCCAAAACUAUAGUUUGCUAAUAUGAAAUCUGUGGAGUGAUUAAAAAAUAAGGUAUAGUGACUGGAAAACUUCUGACUUCUAGAUUAUAUAUAUAUAAUUGACAAUUGUUCAUUUGAAGCUGCUACAUAUUGUGACGAUACCUUAAGCCUUCUCAUGUACUGUCAGGCUGCACUGUAACAAAUAUCUUUUGUUUGUAAAAACUCGUAACAUCAAAUUAUUUGAGCCCUCUUUUAUCAGAGAUACAGUAUUUUACAAUUUUGUAUGCUUAAACAUCCCAAAAUUGGUACAAUAAAUUAGAGUUGAGUAAAUGAACAUUUGUGUUAAAUCUUGACUGCUGUGUCCAGAUAAA